CGCACAGUUCCUAUUCUUCAAUUGAAGCAAUACAGGUUCUAGUACAGCAAUCAGAAUCAUGUGCCUUUUACCUCCUUUACCUCUUUGGCCGGCCGUAAUAUGUGGAGAACUAGAUAAACUACUUGGUCAUCCUAUACCCGUUUCUAGGCUCCAAUCCCUCAAAAGGCAGUUGUCGUUGAUGAUUACGUUGUUUCAAGAUGAAACGCGCUUGGUUAACGAUGAAUUCCAGUGACAAGUGGGGAGCUUUGCACGGCCUUGUUCCUCUUCUAUUUCUUUGCGUCGUUAUUCCUUACUGGAGCCACGUUAAGAAUGGGUGGGGCAACCUCGGAUUAAGGAUGCAAACUCUCUGGGAGCGAAUGUUCGACACGAUUGGCGAUGACCAAUUCAAUCUCUACGUUUACGGACUGAACGGCUGGACUUUUGUCUUGUACUGGUCCAUCGGUUUGGCCUUUUUACUGGCGGAGACUUGUGCUAGGCCAAAGUGGUUGCUUCGUUACAAAGUUCAACCGAAGGUAAUCGUCGAUCAAAAACGUCUUUACUCGUUGAUAACGACCGUUCUGUUCAACCAGUUUUUUGUGAUGCUCCCAUUUUCAAUCGUCAGCCACUACAUUCUAGAAUAUCAAGGAACCUUACCACCAAUCCGUGAAUUGCCGACAUUUCAACGAUUUCUUGUCGUUUUUUUUAUUCUUAUUUCAACCCAAGAAGUUGUAGGUUACUACACCCAUCGGCUGUUCCAUCACCGACUGAUUUAUAAAUGGACCCACAAAUUGCAUCAUCAAUGGACGGCUCCCAUAGCUUUGUCCGCCUAUUACAAUCGUCCAUUAGAUCACCUGAUUGUUAACCUGAUGCCGGCCACCAUAGGAUUGCCGCUGACCAACGCUCAUUUUUUCACGUCUUGGCUAUGGUUGACGUGGGCGACUCUUCGGACACUGUCGGAUCACAGCGGUUAUCAUGUGCUGUCGUUUCCUUCACCCAGACGUCGUGAUUUCCAUCAUCUCAAGUUUACAGAAUGUUACGGUGUUUGGGGGCCUCUGGAUUACCUGCACGGCACGGAGACACUCUUUCGCGCUAGUAAAUCUUCAAGCAAAACAAACUAAGAAACGUCACUGACAAUAAGAUACUACCAUUUUCUUUCCUUACUUUAUUCACUUGGGUAAUGCGAGCCAAUGUAUUGACCAAUUAAUCAAUAAAAGGCCAAUAAUAACAGAA